AUUUUCAAAUAAUUUUUUCUAAUUUCAGAAGCAUGUCUCGUGUUGUGUCCAAGUCCCUGAGCCUACUCCAAUCUGGAAGACGUAGUCUUCAUGUCAGCGCUGUCUCCGCUGCCAAACAGACAAUGCCCGAUCCAAUUGAGCAUGCCACCGGUUUGGAGAAAUAUGAGCUUCUGGCUAAACAGGCUGGGAACGAUGAUCCUUUCUUUCUCAAGGCUUGUGCGAGAGGCCCGGGAACAAAGGCUGAACCUACUAUUGUCAACGCUAUGGACACCUACAGGAGUGUUGGUUGCGUCUGUAACGAGGAGGAUACUAACAUCAAGUGGAUGUGGCUCUGCGAGGGUGCCCCCAAGAGGUGUGCAUGUGGAUACUGGUUCGAACUCAAGGUUCACGCUGCCCCUGAUAAAUAUAGCCUGCCCCUGUAAGUUUGUGAAUUGAGAUGUAGUCUAAAAUUACGUUAAUAAAUCUUGAUAAUAAAAUG